ACGACGCUCCCCACACGCACAAACAGCCUCCACCCCUUCUUGGACCUGGGACAGAAUCUAGGUGGCUGCAGGAUGGCCGGGCCGGAGUCCCGGGAAUGAGCCAGCGCGAGAGGCCUCCUUCCUACUCGACCAGCGAGCCAAGCUAACGAGGAGGCAGCGCAGAACGAGCGCCUUUUGCGGCUGGGGAGGCAACGUUAGAAGAACUGUGGCAGGAUGUUUCCCCUGGUAACAUCUGUGGUGAGCGUCUCUGCAUAUGACAAUGUCACCUACCCACCUGCCACUACACUAAUGACCACAUUGGAAAAUGCGACAUUACCACUGACCACAGUACAUGGUUUAAAUGACACCAACAUUACUAAGCCACACAAGUGCUUGCAGUUGUUGUAUGAAGACAUCGGGACAUCCAGGGUUCGUUAUUGGGAUCUAAUGUUGCUGGUUCCCAAUGUGCUUUUCUUUGGGUUUCUCCUCUGGAAGCUGCCCUCUGCCAGGGCCAAAAUCCAUGCCACCUCCAGUCCCAUCUUCACCACCUUCUACAUAUUGGUAUUUGUGGUAGCUGUGGUUGGGAUCGCUCGGGCCGUUGUGUCCAUGACAGUCAGUGCCUCUACCGCUGCUACAGUUACUGACAAGAUCCUAUGGGAAAUCACAAGAUUCUUCCUUCUGGCCAUUGAGUUGAGCAUGGUGAUCCUGGGCCUUGCAUUUGGUCAUUUGGAGAGCAAAUCCAGUGUCAAGCGUGUAUUGGCUAUCACCACCGUGCUGUCCUUGGCCUACUCUGUCACCCAGGGAACACUGGAAAUCCGUUAUCCUGAUGUCCGACUCUCAGCAGAAGACUUCAAUAUCUAUGGCCAUGGAGGAAGGCACUUCUGGCUAGCGAGCUCCUGUUUCUUCUUUCUGGUUUAUUCGUUGGUAGUGUUGCUUCCAAAAACUCCCUUGAAAGAUCGCAUUUCUCUGCCAUCAAGGAAGAGUUUCUACAUCUACGCUGCGAUUCUUGCUGUGCUGAACCUGGUGCAGGGAGUGGGCAGUGCUCUGCUCUGUGCAGGUAUCACAGAAGGAUUAUGCUGUGUCGAUGCCACCACCUUCCUCUAUUUCAGCUUCUUCGCUCCUCUCAUUUAUGUGGCAUUCCUGAAAAGCUUCUUUGGGUCUGAGCCAAAGAUCCUCUUCUCCUACAAAUGCCAGGUGGAUGAGCCCGAGGAUGUUGACGUGCACCUCCCACAUGCUUACGGGGUGGCCAAGAAAGAGGGCCUGGACUCCAGCUUCUACUCCAGCACCCAGAUUGACACUGCAGCCUACUUGGACGACGUUGCAUCCAUGCCUUAUCACGUGGGCAGCAUCAACAGCAUUGACAGUGACCGCUGGAAAGCCAUCAACACCUAAGGCACAUGUGGUCCCUUUGGGAGAAGGCCUCUCUCCUGCAUCUCACACCUCCAUCACAAAUUUCCCUUGGGAACUUCUUAACGCAUCAUCUUCUCUUUCCCUUUUUUUAAAAGUAUGUUAAAUUCAGUAUGAAAUCAGCAACUACAGUCUUCUCAGAAGGACAACAUUGGCUUUAAAACUAGAUCAGCUUUAUUUCAAAAACGAAUGAAUGCUGAGUCUUCAUAUUCUUGAGCAUUCAAAAUGCACACGGUUAGACAUAACCACAGCCUUUGGUCACUGAUGAAAUGCCCAUGCAGCCAGGGAGUUCUGGCUGCUCAGUAGAGCAACAUAAAUAACUGUCAGUACAUAAGGUUGGAUGCGUUAUCCACACUCUGUUUAUUAGGCUUAAUUUCCUCAACAUUCAUGUUCCCAACAAGCCUAAGCUCCCAGUCAUAAUGUUGAUUGGGGGAGAAUUGGACUGUAUUCCCUGUAUUUUGGACAACUGUGGUUUGGUGGGAACUGUGUGAAGAAAGAACUCCAGAAUGCUUUUGAUGGAAAGAGCACUUAAGAGUGAAUUGCUAAAUGUCAGAAUUCUUCAUAGAGAAGCUGGGAGUAAACUCUACGAAGUGUGUGUGUGUGUAAUACUAUGAAGUGUGUGUGUGUGUGUAUAAUAUCUAUCUAUCUAUAUAUGCUGACUAUGCUAGGAGAGGCAAGAGAAGUAGCCAGCAGGGAAGGUCUCUGUGGAACUUGUUGCUGUGCAACUAAACUACUGUGACUGGUUGACAUGCAGCCAUGAGUUUCAUACACUGUAUAAGGGCUGAAUUUUUAGAAUGAGAACGUAGCCAAGCGAGGGCUACAGAUGGUGAACUGCUACAUGAUGCUGGCAGAACUCCAAAGCAAGUGAGACAAGAGGUUUGGUCGGGAGCAGGGCAGGAAUGGACAGUUUCAAAAAGUAUUCUACCUGGUAGGAUAGGGCCAGACAGAAGACCAAUGGGAAAUGUUCUGAUAGCCUGUGUGAGAGAGCUCAGGAGCGGUGCUUGGGAUGGCGCCCAAGAAGAAGACAGGGUUGCAAUGACCAGGAUGUCUAGACUGGAGGCGGGCUGUGGAUAACAGCUGCUGUGCUUUGUGCCUUAGAUCUGGGCUGAUAACCGUGUCAAGUAUACCUUUAAGACCAGAUUAUACUUGCUUCCACUGACUAUGGGGUUCACUGAUCUCUUCUUUCCUGAAGAGGAAGCUAUGCCGACCUGGAGCCACAAUACCACGUCGCUGGUUGUUCUCAUGACCAUGGUGGUGGUGGAGGUUGUAGCUGACCUUUGGGCUCUCUGAGGAUUAUCUGUAAGAUCAGCAAAGUGAAGAAAGUUUAAAUCCUUCAGUAACAACAGGGAUGUUCUUGGUAGGAGAAAGAUCAAGUAUAGGAGUUGCCAUUGCAUUGAAGGCAGGAGAGGGAGAAUCAGAAAAUGAUCAAAUCCUGCUGUUGAAGAACAUUUGUGUGCACAGCUUAUACUGCAAAAUCAGUGGCCUCUCAUUAUCAAAGCAAGUGGAAAAAUGCAAAAAUGGGAACACUUACUCUUGCAUGAAAUGCAGGCACCCUUCUUUGAGUAGAGGCUGGAUAGAAGGCAGAUGUAGUCACAGUUAAUUUAACGUAAAGCUCCAGAUACUAAGGUUCAAAACACAAGGACACCUGAGAAACACAGAGGUUUCUUUUUUGCUGCUGCUAUUAUUUUGGCAAUGAUUUAGCGCCCAAUGUGAUCGAUGCAGAUGACUAAGGCAGUGAUUCUAUCAGCUUGGAUGAAGAUUCCCAUUAAAUCGAUGCUUUUAAGUCAACAUCCUUAGACUUGAGGUGCACGCAGAAAAAACUUCUUGGCUUUCCUCUCCUUGUUAAUGAGCAUCUUUUUUAUUCUUAUGGCUUGAACGUUCUGCUGUUUUGUGAUCUCUGCCUGCCAAGCCACUCCAGGAUUUAAAAAGGCAAAAAGACCUUGAUUUCGUUUUAAGACUUUUAAAAUAUCUUUUUUUAAAAAAGAAAUAUAUGUUUGAUGAUAUCUCUGUUUCGGGUAAGUUGUCAGUGCAGAUCGAUGGGAUUGUGGAGGAGAUCAGCACUUUGCCUUUAGCUUUGCUGUGCCCAGAUUCACCUUUUCUAAAUGUUGGGAAAUUUGAUACCGCAAUCAUUCAUUCAGACUUGCUGCUGUUAGCAACGUUAUCAUCUCUAUGGUGAGGUGUCUUAUGUACUGUGUAGUUUAGGCUUCCUUAAUGCUUACUGCGUCAGCCAGGGGUAGGCCGGUAGAACGUCUGUAUCUCACAACUGCGGACACCCUGCCAUGCAGUAUCCCAAGAGAGGAUUCAGCAAAGGGGUAGUCAUGGGAGUUACGAUGUGACCUUGAUGUUAUCCAGCCUGUUGCAAGAGCAUCCCUGAUCCUUAUAUAGCACCUUAGCUUCUUUGUGUUCUGUGAAAGAUAGGGAAGGCGAUACCCGUUGGAUGCAGGGCAUAGGCCCAGGUGGCAGUGAUGUCAUACAAGAUUUAUUUAUUUCCUCACAUCUUUACUCAACUGGAAUGCUAGGUACUUCCCUGCAUGGUGGUUAAAUGCCAUAUGGACUCUUGGCAAUAAACCAGUGCUCUCUUUCUUUCCUUAGAUUCCCUACAGUGUUUUAUAUACCUAUUCCAGAAGCAGAUACAAAGAACAAUGAAUAUGAAGAUGGGUUCCUUGAGUAAUGUGAAUCAGAAUGAAUCUGAAUUUGGGUUACUGUUUGCUAACAACAAUCUAUAUCAAAUGCUGCCCAAUCCUUGAGUUAUGACCAGUUCUUCAAUUAUAGAAUUCUUUUCUUUUACCCACCCCCUAUUCCCUGGCAUUUAAAGCACCUCCUCUAGGCACCCCUGAGGAGGAUGCUGAGGAGAAUCUGCACUAAAUGAAGGAAUUAUCUCCUUCUAAGCAUUGUGAUUUUUAUGUGUAUAUAAAAAUGCCUCAUGUCCAGUACACAAUAUGGUCCAUGAGCAGACAAAUGUUUGUAUAGGCGUGAACAUGCUGCGUAUGUCCAUAUGAUGUUGGAACAGAGAUUAAAAACAGAGCAAUGUAUAUUUUUGUCUGUAAAAUAAAUGAACUUUGACAUAAA